AUGAAAAAAUUUAUAAAAAGUGUGCCCAAGAGAAAAAAAGACAAUAUAAGAAAAGAAAAUUAUGAUGAACUUCGCAAAACGGUGCUCAUUAAUGAGACUGGCGAGCAAAAAGUUGAGGUUAAUCAGAGGAACUUGAUCGAUAAGGUUUUGGCAAGAUAUUCGGCAGAGUUCGUGAUAUAUAGGGAAUUGAUGCAGAAUUCAGAUGAUGCCCAGGCCAAAACCGUCCAAAUAACAUUUGAAACUGACAAGUCAAAAAAAUGCAGACGAAUCAUAUUCAAGAAUAAUGGUUUCCUGUUUCGAGAUGAAGAUUGGAACAGAUUGAAAAAAAUUGCAGAGGGAAAUCCUGAUGUAGAAAAGAUUGGAGCAUUUGGAGUUGGAUUUUAUUCAUUGUUUUCAAUUUGUGAAGAGCCAUUCAUUUCGUCAGGUACGCAAGGUAUGGCCUUUUAUUGGCGUAAUGAUCAGUUAUUUUCCAAAAUGGGUGGUAUAAAGCAAGAUGACAUGAUUUGGACAACUUUUCUAAUGGAUACACGAAGAAAGGAAAAUUUACCUAAUAUAGGAUCUUUUGGACGUUUCUUAGCCACAUCAUUGGGCUUUACAAGAAAUCUUCGUAAAGUCAUUGUUUAUUUUAAUGAUACAGAAGUAAUUCAUCUGACAAAAGAGACCAAUAAAUCACUUUCAAUUAAUAUGGAUAUUGGACUAAACAAAUUUUCACCAAAGAAUAUGUUCCGAUUAAAAUCUGUUGAAGUAUGUAAUGUUCGACUACAUUUUCGAGGAUUAAUUGGUCCUGAAAAAUCACAAAUAUCACAAUCCACUUCUCUGAAGAUUGCCUGUGGUAAUCUGGGUGUAGAUGUGCCUAAAUCAUUUAGUGAAGAGAUGGAAUUUGCUACUAAAAAAAAACCACCAAAUAACACAACAAUACAAAUGAUUUUUACUGGGCACGAUGAAUGCAAUUUGCCAGGAAAUUCUAAUAAAGAAAUAUUAAAUAUUUUUAAAGACCUAACACCAUUUCCUGAUCAAGGUAGAAUAUUCAUUGGAUUUCCAACCCAUCAAACCACAGGUUGUUCUGUGCAUUUGGCAGCUCGAGUGAUUCCCACG